AUAUAGUCAUCUAUUCUUGUUUGCAAACCCUAACUACUUUCUGUGAAACUAAAAUAAAAUAUAAUAAAGUAGCAGCUACAAAUUGAAUAUAGUUGUGUUGUUUGUGAUAAAUGUUUUCUUGAAUUUUUCAGAUAUUUAAUAGUGAUUCUGAUUGCAGUGAUAUUUUAUUUUGUUUUUACUUUACGUUCAAAGGAAUAAUAUUGAAAGUUCAUGUUUUUACACAGCAUUAAUCAUGAGAAAUUAGUUUAUAAGUAUCUUUAAUAUACAGUUACAAUUAUAUGAGUUUAAUGUGAGCCCAUAACAGUAUAUUGUACAAUGUUUAAGCUAAACUAUUCAAACUUGUUUAGCAACGUAUUCCUGUGUUGAUAGAAAUACAUUAAUUAAGGAUAGUUAAUGCAUUGUGCCAGGUAAUUUGCUUUCAUUUCAAAAACGUGUCAAAAGAAUUUAUAAUAUUAAUGAAAGCUACAUGUUGAUUUUCCAAGUAUGUCACAUAAUAUUCAAACCAUACUUCACCUGAGUAAAAAAAUAAAUAAAAUAAACAAAUCCAUGACUACCACAAUUGCUAAGCUAUUGAAGUUCUACAUGAAUUAGAGAUAUGAAAAUUAUUGGGUUGCAUUGGAGAAUUGUUCUACAUCAAAUGAAAGGAGUCAUUUAGGGUUUCAAGAACAGGAUGCAAGGGAGCCCAAAAUUUGAUAUUUAAUUUCUGGUUUUUGGUUUUGAUUUCUUCAUAAAGUUGUAGAAUUUCCAAAGGAGCAUUGGAAGAAUCAGUGCAAUGGAAAACAUGGACAUGCAUGAAGGAGAAAAUGUAGCAGAAGCUCAGAAGGAGGACAUAGCUCCAAGCACCACCAUGUCAAGCUUUGAGCUCACUGUUGCGGCAGCCACGGCCACUGCACGAAAGACGGCAGCGGCACUCAUGGCAGCUCAUGGGGCCUCGUCCAAGUGCACUUCGACCACACCCAAUGUCCAUUGCAGCACAAUUGCCAGCACCAAAAUGGGCUCCAAAGCUUUGCAACUUGCAAAUGGAGCCACCACAACUUUUGUCAUACCUAAAAACAAAUUGUUUGGGGCUCUUGUUGCGGUGAAUCAAAACGAUGCAUCUAAAGGGAAUGGUGCCAUUGUGAGGAAGGUGAAGAAGGAGGGCAUGGACGAAAAGGAUGAUAUGGACGCUGCAAAGCACAAGAAUGCUACCCAAUGGGCUCCGGAUCCGCUGGAGGAUCCCAUUGUCAAGCGGGGUUUGGCACUUGCAUUGCAAACUCGAGCGGAGCAAAUUGCUACACAGUUGGAUUCAAGUUUUUGGGACAUUGAGGCAUUGGAUGGUCCCCGUUCUCCAUCGCCUCCCCCCAUUUAUGACUCUAACGGCCAACGAACCAACACCCGUGAGGGAAGGAGACGUGAGCAACUUGAAAUAGAAAGGCGUGAAGCCAUUGGUGAGUGCAUGAAAUUGAAUCCAUUGUACAAGCCACCUGUGGGUUACAAACCUGUUUAUAAAGAAGCCAAACUUUUCAUUCCUGUUAAAAAAUAUCCUGGCUACAAUUUCAUUGGCCUAAUUCUUGGCCCACGAGGAAACACCCAAAAGCGCAUGGAACAGGAAACUGGAACAAAAAUAGCCAUACGAGGCAGAGGUGCAGUUAAAGAAGGAAAGCGACUCAUAUCAGGUCGCCGUGACAAAGAUCUGGAAAGUGUUCAUGAUGAUUUACAUGUUCACAUAACAGCGGAUUGUUUUGAGAAAGUGGAUGCAGCUGUUGCUCUUAUUGAACCUCUUUUGACACCAGUUGAUGAAAUUCAAAAUAUGCAUAAGCGCAAACAACUUCGAGAACUAGCUGAAAUGAAUGGAACAAUGCGAGAUUUUCCCAAAAUAUGUUCCAUAUGUGGUGAAGUGGGUCAUCAAGAGUGGCAAUGUUCUAAAGAAGCUUUGAUCACUUUUCAGUCUAAGGUGGCUUGUUCAAUAUGUGGAAAUGGUGGUCAUCCAUCCAUUGAUUGCUUGCAAAAGACAUCAAAACCUGGAACUACACAGGGACAAACUCUUGAUACAGAAUAUAUGAAUUUCUUGAAAGAAUUAAACAAUGGUUCAUUAGGUUUUGUCACUAAUGUGUCUAAUUCAUCCACAACAACCAACACAAGUGUUCCAGGAUUAGCAAGUACAGAUGCACCACAAAACAGUAAUGAAAUUCAAUCAAUCCACAAGCAAUUUUUAAUGCCAAACAGUGCCACUGCAUCUCCUCCUCAAUUAUUACCACCCACAAUGUUGAAUCGGCCACAAGUUGUUUACAUAAGGAGUCCACCUGUGUGGGGUGGAGCUUGUUACAAUGGGGGGCUUCAACCAAGAGGACCACCAACAAAGUUGAUUAGAAUUGCCAAUGGAGGUUGUGUGCAACAAAGGCCCAUGUGUAUGGCUCCCAUACAAAAUGGACCUUGUGGAGCAACACCAAGGAAUGACACAAAGAAUCCCAACAAUUCAAGCCAACCACCACAAUUGGAGACACCAAUCACGUAUGUUUCAAACCCAAGCCUAACAAUUGGGAGCAACCAAAAUGGUCCAUUGGUACCAUAUAACUCAGUAAAAAUGGUAGGAAGUCCUAACUUAGUUGCCAUACAUCCGCAUCAAAUGAUGAGACCAAUCUACCAAACCACAAUGCAUGCUCCUACUAAUCCACCUUCUCAAUCUAUGGAAGGCCAACCCUUCCAAAUAAUACAUGGGCCCCCUCCAAAAGGAAUGAUGAAUUCCUUAAAUGUAGUCCAUGCCCAAAUUGUUAGGCCCCAUCAAACAAAUGACUAUAGAAUCCUUCAAAGACCAUUGUUGUAUCAACCUCCUCUUCAUGGGGCUUUCAAACCCAACUCCUUGCAAACCCCAAUUUGUGCUAGCCCACAAUCUGUGGCUCCCAACAUGGGGACCUUGCAACAAUUCCCGGAUUUGUCAACUUCUCAAAUGCCUCCACAAAGUUGGCAACCCGUUAACUCAAAUAAUACACAAUUGUGGCCUAUUAAUCAAAACAAAGCACCCCCUCUCCCACCCACUUUCCAUUCCGGAAGUAGCCUUAUUGACUCACCCACUCCCAAAUCAUCAAUCAAAUUGGUGUCACAAGUAUCUACAAUACCUAAUCCUUCAUCUACACAAAACUUGGUGUCAACCAUAAAAUCAACAAGUCAUGAUAUACAAUACCAACCUCCAAACACUGCACAUCAUCCUUCUAAUGAAGAAAGUGCAAGUAUACCCAAUGCAAUGCCACAUGAUCCAAUAUUAAAUAGCUCAAGACAAACAUUUACACAACAAUUGAAUUCUUCAUGCUUUCCUCAACCACCUUCAUCUUCUAUGCACACACAAUCCAUUGAUUUUGAAAAUGAAAAAUUGAUGGCUUCUGUAGAGACCACUCAAAUUCAAAGUUGAAUUUAAUAGUAUACCAUUUUGAACCAUUUUGUUAUUAUUGUAAUUGUGCACAACAUUACAAACAUAUUACUGUGGCCAACAACAGUAGUUUUAUGAUUCCAUACUCAAUUUAUCUUUAAAUAUUUGGUUUUUGUAACUGAUACAUAUCAUCAUGUCAUCAUCAAUUUGUAUAACUUCUCUAUAUUUUUUGUAAUACAACUGAAAAAAAUGUGUAUGUAAAUCAAUGGUACUUAUAUGAACUUUGUUCAA